AUGAGAAGGCUGCUUGUUCAAAUUAUUUGCAUCACUGAAGUGCUGCUUUGUGCGGCUGACUCUCCUCCGCUGAGUGAGGAGGACACACUGAAAGAGCUGUCUGCAGCAGGAGAGCAGUGUGUUGAUGAGGAGAUAAAGCGAGCGUUACUGGGGGUGAAGCAGGUGAUGGAAACCAUGGAGAAAAAAGAGGAGAAGCACAGACAUCUCAUGGACGCCCUGAGACACAGCAGUGACAAGAAGAUGGGGGCGAUGCAGCUGGUCUGGGAAACCGAGCAAAAACUGAAGGAGGCUGAUCAGCAAUGUCAAGAUUUAACCAAGUCUUCCUUCGAUGAAUGUCGACCUUGUCUUGAAGAUACUUGUAAGGCCUUCUUUACCUCUAAGUGUCGCCGUGGCUUCGCCUCUUUCUCAUUUAAGGUGGAAGAGUUUUUCAGGAAAAUGGCAGCCCAACUGGAAGUCACGGAUCUUGUUUACAAUCAGAACGAGGAGAAUGUGGAUCGCACCAACUCACCUGAGAACCAGGUCACAGAAGAUGGAGCAGAUCUGGAUCUUCUGCAGGCAGAUGCAUCCUUCAGCCAGGUGCUGUCAAACAUCAGCCUCCUGUACAACCAGAGCAUCAUACUGGUGAAAAGGAUGCAACAGGUGUUGGGGCAUUCCUUUCUGGCGGCCUUCACCACAGAGGCCCGACCUAGCCCGCUGUCGGCAAUGCAGGGCGACAGGAGCGCUGGCUUCUUCAGUCUGGAUCACAUCCUCGAUUCAGUGUCUGACUUUGGGAGGAACGUGCUGGAAGAAUUCAGCUCCACGAUGGCUGAUGUGUUUGAAGAGAUACAAGAAGCAGAGGAGUACUUUCAGCAAUCAAGCACAGAUUUAGGAUCCCUUUCUGCUUUGGGACUGUCCCAGAGCAGAUAUCUGUGCAGACCACUCCGCAGACAAGCAUCAGAGUGCUGGCAGCUCCAAAGUUUGUGCGAGGCAUGUGAAGUUUAUCUGUUAAAAGAGUGUCCCGCCGUCCAGCAGUUACACUCUGAGAUGGAGGAGAUGCACAUGCUGCUCAACGCCUCCCGUCUGCAGUACGACGACAGGCUGCAGCUGGUCCAGAGACACACAGCGGACACACAGAGAUGGUACAGAAACAUGGAUGACAAGUACGGCUGGGUCAGCCAGCUGUCCAACAGCACAGAUGGCCCACACAACAUCUUCAGUGUGAUCACAGUGAAUCCACAGCAACAGAUGAAGAGCAUCAGACCUAAAGCUGACAGCAGUGUGGUUGUAACCAUACUGGACUCUGCCCCAAUAACCAUCUCAGUCCCAGGAGAGCUGGAGGUGGAUGAUAAUGCGUUUAUCCAAUAUGUAGCUCAGGAGGCUCUGACACUCCAUAAACAGAAGAUAAGAGGUAUUGAUCCCCGCAGCGUUGUGGCUUAG